AUGUCUCUCGUCGACAAGAUGCAGCCGGCGACGGGGUCACCCGCCUUCGAGGCUACCGCAUCCGCCUUGCGUGCUCGCGUAAAGUCACAGCUUCCAGCAUCUCUCAUGCUUCCCGCGACUCUGCUCACAGGAAUACCAGCUCCGCUGAAUGUGACGACUAUCCCGGGAUCGUGUGGCCUCCUCACGCCAGCCGAGCUAGCGAUCACAGCGUUGGACGCAACGGCCCUGUGCGAAAAGAUGGCUGCGCGAGAGCUGAGCGCGGUCGAGGUUGUGAGCGCGUUUGGAAAACGGGCUGCUAUCGCACACCAAGUGACGGCGUGCUUGACGGACUUCUUCCUUGAUGAAGGUAUCGCCCGUGCUAAAGAGCUCGACGAGUAUUUAGAGAGGGAGGGAAAGGUUAUUGGACCUCUGCACGGGCUGCCCAUAUCCAUCAAGGACCAUAUACCCAUCAAGGGACACUGGGGUAGUGGUGGAUUCCUCAGCAAUACCGAGAUCUCCAAAGAUGAUUGUGACAUGACAAGGAUUCUGCGCGAACUUGGAGCCGUGUUCUACGUCAAGACAAAUCAGCCACAGACCAUCAUGCACCUUGAGUCUCAAUCAUGCUACGGGCGUACCCUGAACCCUCAUAAUACAGACCUCACUCCAGGUGGCUCCUCUGGAGGGGAAGCUGCCCUUAUCGCAAUGAAGGGGUCUCCGAUGGGCAUAGGAACAGAUGGAGGAGGCUCUAUCAGAGCUCCGUGCGCUCACUGUGGGUUAUACGGUAUCCGGCCGACAUGCAAAACAAUGCCCAUGGAUGGAUAUCUGAAUUCUCAAGACGGAGCAGAUGGUGUCUUACCUUCCACCGGUCCGAUGUGUAGCUCAGCACGGGACAUGCGUCUUCUCCUCUCCGCUAUAUUGUCGGCCCGCCCGGCGAGUUUAGACCCAAGCCUCUACCCGGUGCGCCUUAUACUACCGGACCUUCGAUCUGGCUUCGGACGAAAGCUCAGGGUAGGGCUGAUGAUGCACGAUGGCGUUGUAUUUCCACAUCCGCCCAUGCUACGGGCGCUGAUGUUGGCGAAGGAGAAGUUGGCGACAUCAGAUGCUGUCGAGCUGAUGGAUUACGUGCCCUAUGAACACGACCAGGGAUAUAGCAUUGCCAGAGAGCUUUACUACGAGGACGGAGGUAAAACCUUGCGUCGGAUGCUAGCUGACGGAGAAGAGAACAUCUUGCCACUCUCCGAGUGGGUGAUAAGUCCGCCAUACGUGAAGGACCAUGAUGCGACCGCGAUUUGGGAGCUACAUGCCAGACGGGAGAGAUUUCGGCGUGCGUAUUCAGACCAUUGGCGAAGCCAAGGAUGCGACGUGGUUCUGUGUCCUCCUUUCCCUGGAGUCGCAGCGCGACACGACACCUCAACAUAUUGGGGGUACACCGCGAUCUGGAACCUAGUCGACUACCCUGGCGUAGUGUUCCCUACGGGCUUGACAGCAGAACCCUCUAUCGACAUCGCCAUGGAGGAUUCUGUCGUUAGCAUUAGCGACGCAGACGCUUACAAUCGCUCCCUCUAUGAACCGACAGCGUUUGCAGGCGCUCCGGUAUCGCUGCAAGUGAUUGCUCGGCGCUUUGAAGACGGCCUGGUAUUAGCUGCACAAGAGUUAAUAGAGAGUAUUUUAAAAGGUUAA